AUGACCUACUUUCUCUUUUAUAAAAAUAAAAACAAAACCUGUUUAUGCUAUAGAACAUUCCGAUCUAUCUUGAAAGUGAUUGGUAACAAUCUAGACAAGUACACUGGAUAUCCAAGAACUAUAGGUGAAUGUGGUGGCAAAAAUUAUCACUUUCUUCAUCCAUCUGCUAAUUUAGAAGAAGCUGCUGUAGGCACUAUUCGUAGUUCAUUUGAAUACUCUGGACAAAAGUGUAGUGCAUGCAGUCGUCUCUAUGUACCAGAGAGUUUGUGGGGAAAAUUUAAAGGCCUACUUCUCAGUCACUAUAAACAAUUAAAAGUUGGGUCGCCGCUUGAUUCAGAUACAUUCACUUCGGCUGUUAUAGAUCAAAAUGCAUUCAAAAAAAUUUCUAGUUACCUACAAUAUGCAUCAAGUUGUGCAGAUAUUGAAGUUAUUGCUGGCGGUCAUGGGAAUGAUAAAGUCGGCUAUUUUAUUGAACCGACAAUAUUAAAAACGAAGAAUCCAACGGAUAAAUUAAUGAAGGAUGAUAUUUUCGGACCAAUUGUAUGUGCAUACGUGUAUCGUGACAAUGAAGUCGAUAAAACAUUAGACUUGGUCAACACAACCACAGAGUAUGCAUUGACUGGUGCUAUUUUUGCUCAAGAUGAAGCGUUCAUUAAGUCUGCAACUGAUCGUCUUAUUGAUACAACUGGUAACUUUUAUGUAAAUGUUCAAUCGACUGGAUCUGUAGUUGGUCAACAACCAUUUGGAGGCGCUAGAUUAUCAGGUACAAAUGAUAAAGCUGGAGGACCUCAAUAUGCACUACGUUUUACAUCUCCACUUUCGAUUAAAAGACAAUUGAAGCCUAUACCAUCAUGGAAACAAGCUCAUAUGAAGUAA